CGAGCUCUUUUUUCUAGACGUGUACUUCCGCGUACCGUGUUGUGCCCCCCCCCCUUCCACUGACACACACAGCAACUUUCGAACAGGAAACCCUUUAGACGCUUCGCCCGUCGUUUUUCUCUGCGUUCCAGGGGUGCGACUUGAACUCCUCUGACCCAGCCAUGAGUAUAAUCGGGGCUGAGGAUGAAGAUUUUGAGAAUGAUCUCAAUGAUCCCAAUGAGGACCAGUGUAAGCACUUUAACAGCAUUGAGCUUUUGAAGGAACGGCCAACUCACCUGCUGGUCUUCAUGCAGCAUGUCAUUCUACAGUUUGAUCCUGCUCCAUUGCUGUGCUACCUCCAUGCUGAGCUCUUCAAGAAGCUUUUUGCCAAAGAGAAUGCCAAGGAGAAUGCCAAAGAGAUAAAGAAACAGUUUGUGGAGUUUUACAACACCUUCCUUGACAAGGGUGCAAUUCUAAGAGUGUCCAUUCCAGUCACAAUAUCCAAUGAACUGGAUCGAACCCGCGCAGAUCUGCUUUCUGAAGAAGUUCAAAAGCGUUACGUUCAGGAGAUCCAGAACCUGCAGAUUCCUGACGUAAAGAAACAACUGGAGGACUUCAGACAUAAGCGUAUGAUGGGGAUGACCCAAAACGAAGAGGAGCUGAUUGAUGUUGAGAACCAUUACCCCACUGACCGUGUCCCGAUGAAGAUGAAGGAGGCAUAUGUAGCUGAGACGCUGCUGGAGAAGAUGUCUGACAUGCAACCUACAAUUGUGAUGGAUGAGGAAAAGUGCCAAUCCAUCUUUGCAGCAGUGACGGCCUAUAUGAAGCACCUGGAUGUUAAAACAAGGGGAGCUGAUAGUAAGUCAAAGUCCAAAGGAAUGUUCUUCAAGAGACAAACAAAGACUAGGAAGGAUGACACCCCAAAGAAGCCUAAACAGUUUUUUCCCAGCAUUCCACCUUGGAGACCAUCCGAUCCCAAACCAAAAACGGACAAUGAAGUACACCCAAGUCGGGAGAGUACAAAAAGCCCCAUGCCCGAGCCUCCUGUUCCUGUCAGCAUCACCAAAAAGUCUUCCUUAAUUGUUAGUGGGGAGAGCCAUGAUCGCCCCGGGAGCAACGACAUCAACCCCAGCCAAGAGCCCACUCUUGGGGAUGGUAAAGGUCACACAAGCACUCGCUUGGAACCUCCAUCCCAGUCGGAGUCGGGCGAUGUGUCCCCUGUUGGGACUGUUGUGCCGUCUAUCGGGGAGCCCGUCUCCCCCGUAGAACUCCCUGUGGAAGAGCCUGUGGAGAAAGAGAGACGGAAGACAAGUAGGAAAAUUGGGCGCAGCGAGAGCGCCCGUGUGGAGCGCCAGUCGUCCCGACGUCGUGGCUCUUCCCGGGUCAAACAGCCUCGCUCUCGUAGUGACGUGGACCUCCAGCUUCCUUCUGCCUUGACAACACCACCCUCCCCGCUCACCCCCCAGCACAUCCAUCCUUUUGAGGGUCCGAUUUUGGCUCCAGACGGUCCUUGCCACUCCCCCACCAUCUCCAUUCCUUCACUGGAGGAGAUAGACCCUCGCCUACAGGAGCUGGAGCAGGACCCGCCCAACUGGAGGGAUGUGGCACCACGUGAUGCCAUAAAGAAGCUCAGCAAGAAGGAAGCAAAGAGACAGGAAGUGAUAAACGAAUUGUUUGCAACAGAGCAUGCUCAUGUGCGAAUGCUUAGCGUCCUGCAGACUGUUUUCUCCAAGCCUCUUGGGAGGGAGCUGCUCCUGACAGCUGAUGAGUUGGAGACCAUCUUCCCCAGUCUUGAUGAAAUCAUUGAGCUGCACUAUAACUUCUAUGAGAACCUGAAGAAACUGCGCCUGGAGGACAACUACAUUGUGAAAAACAUCAGUACCACAGUACUUCACUUGUUUGGUGGCCCAGAGGGAGAAUGGUUCCAGAAGCUGACAGCCCGGUUCUGCAGUCACCAGAAAUAUUCAUUGGAGCAGAUCAAAGCCAAGAGGAAAGACCCACGCUUCAACUCCUUUAUCCUGGAGGCAGAAAGUAAACCGCAGUGCCGGAGGUUGCAGCUCAAAGACAUUAUUCCAACGGUGAUGCAGAGACUCACAAAGUAUCCAUUACUACUGGAGAAUAUUGCAAAGAACACAGACAAUUCAAACGAGAAGGAGAGGGUUGAGAAGAGCGCAGAGUGCUGCAAGAGGAUUCUCAAUCAUGUCAAUGAUGAGGUCAAAAAGAUGGAGAACCUGUUGAUUCUGAAGGAGUAUCAGCGCAAAUUGGACACAUCAGGGCUUAAAACGAGCAAUGACCUUUAUGUUGAAUAUAAGAAUAUUGACCUGACUCAGAGGACAAUGCUUUAUGAAGGUCCUUUAAUUUGGAAAGUUACCAGAGAGAAAGCUGUUGAUGUACAGUGUGUGCUGCUAGGAGACAUGCUGGUUCUUCUGCAGAAGCAAGAUGACAAGAUGGUCCUCAAGUGCCAAAGCAAGAGUACUUAUGCACAGGAUGGCAAACAGAUGCUAAGCCCCAUUAUUAAGCUGGACUCUGCUUUCCUCCGGGACGUAGCAACAGAUCCAAAAGCUUUCUACGUCAUAUUUGCGUGGGAAAGUGGUGCUCAGAUCUACGAACUAGUUACUCAGACUAUUGGGGAAAAGAAAACCUGGACAGACAGAAUACAGUCAGCAGUGGAUGAUCUUAAGAAGAGCGGAGCAACCAUUAAGUUGAUGCUGCCUACAAUGGCUGGAGGAGUUCCAUUAAGUCCCACCAUGCCAAAUGCCUCUUUGAGCCCAACAGAUAACGGAAGUUUGAAAAUCAGCGUUGAUCAAGACAAGGACAGCUUGACUGACCACAAGACCUCAGAUCCCAGGCACAGGCUGAUAGAUUUCCUUUCAGUCGAAAGCUUCGACCUGUUAGCCCAUUCCAACAGCCUUCAGGAGAAGGUGGCCGAUGAUGCUUUGGAUGAAGUCAGGUCACUGAAAAGACUAUUGAUCGGCAGCAUCAGUUUAUCAGAAGACUCAGAAUUAGAUGUAGAAAUCAAAGUAAAACAAGCAGAAGAGCCCAAUCAGGAAGGAGACGCGGCUUCUCUACCAGAAGAAGGUCAGAGCACAGACAAAAGCCCAGAAGAGCAGACCGCCAGCACCGCCAAAAGCGAAAGUCCUGAAAAAGAAGAAAAAGAAGAGGAGGACAAGAGCAUCAGUGCACCCCUGGUGCUCUCUCAGGAGAGGAGAGAGGAAGUCUGCAGAAGGCUGUGCAGCUUGGAGGAACAAAUAAAGAGACUGCAGACUGUAGAAGAGGCGCACCACAAACUGCAGGAGGCCCUUUCCAAGUUCACUCUAGAAGGGGGCAACUUUUAGUAAGGCAACUUUGCUUCUCCAGGUUCCCACUGGUUCUGGUUCGCUUUCAGAGGCUUCCCUGCAGACAAACUUUCUUAUGUCCCUGAUACACGUUAGCUGGAUCCUUGUCGCUUUUAUUCUUUCAUUCACGGCUUCUUGCGGCCAAAAUUAAGUUUAGAUUCUGUCGGUUUGGUGCACAGUCCAGUGGUUCAGUAAUAGAACAUUGGCACUGUGUGAAAAUUUGUAUGCACAGUUUACCAAAAAACAAAAAAAAUCUUUUCAUUGGGAUUUAGGUUUUUAUUUUUUGUGGAGAUGAUGCAAAAAGCAAUAUUUUGGUCUGAGUCAGAACUCUGCCUAUUAAAUUGUAAUGACUGCAUUCUGCUGUAACACACAAAUGCACACCGAGACAUGCAAGCUGUAAAGUGGUUUUCAGAAACGCCAAAAAAUAAUAACAUUGUACAGUAAAUGAUUAAGCCUUAAUAAUUUUAUGUAGCAAUAGAUGUAUUGAGAAAUGAAUGCUGAUAUAUAUCUAUAUAUAUUGUUCCUUAUAUCUAUGCCAAAGUACAGGAGAGAUGCACUUUUAUUUCUUGAUCAAAACAAGUUGAGAAGACAUUUUUUUUUCUGUUUGUGUGACUUCGGCUCUCUAUUUCGAAAUGCUUUUUGAUCAGAUGGGCUUAAGAAAACAGCCCUCAUAUUUACAAAGACACAUUUGUGUAACAAGGAAGGACCUUUUUGCUUUGAUAGAUUUGCUUGUUCAUGAAAAGGCAUUUCUAAAAAGUGAAACUAUAGACAAUCAUGCUUUUGAUAACGGAGGCUUGUUUGUAUGUAUUGCUUUUAGUGUUUAUUCCUCCGAGUCUGGUUAGGUCAGCGGGUUGCCUCAUCUGAAUGAGACUGUUACAACACUGGGGCUGAAAUGGAGAGAAGCAGCUGGACGGGAACAGCAGAAAACCUGGGAUAUAUGAUGGAGACCGAGCGAUUUUAGGGGGUUUGCUUUUGGUUUCAACUGCUUCAACUAUAUAGUCAUGAGAGUGCUGUGCAGAUGAAAUACUUUGGCAUGGAGACACUCAGCCCUUUUCUGCAACAAUUCCUGCAAUGUUACCUUCUCCUAGACAGUUGGCAGUUACUGAUCUAUUUUGAUUUAAGCACAUAAACCGACCUGGAUCUUAGGAGUUUUUCCCUGAUUAUUACAAAAACACCUUCCCUGGUAGCACUAUUAAUGAUAAAACUGAGCUUUCUUUUGCAUUUGACUGAUCAGUUGCUUGUAAUUAUUGUUUUUGUGGCAUCAUUUUUAUCAUGGAGGCUGUAUACCAGGACCAAAUGCAUAGAGAUCCUUAUUGGAGCUACAAAAACAAAAAAACUCAAACCAAAAUUCCUCCUCUCUCCUUUAAUUUACAUUUACUUCUGUGAGGAAAAUUAAAAUAAUUUCUCACAAGGAGAACUACAGUGAAAGGGCUUUUAGUGGCCUCUUGAAUAAAAGACUAAAGAGCAAACCUGAAGUUGGACUCGUGGGACCUGAGCUUUCAAUACAGGGAAAAGGAAAAGAGGAGGAAGGAAGGAAGGAAGGAAAGCUGCAGACAAAUGCUCCUCUUUCUGACAUUGAGAUCAGGUUCACUACCUUUUAGAUUCACUUACAUUGGUGUUGCAGAGAAUUCCACCCAAUGAACCUACUGAACUGCAGUGCUUUUUAAAUCAAUCAUAGCUUUGUUUUGGAACAUUACUCCCAUUCUUUUCUUCCUCAUAAAAACUGUAUGUGCCAUUGUUACCUUGAGGAAAAGAGCAGUGGUCUCUCUUGAUGGCAUCAUAGGCUUUCUGCUGGACAUUUUUCCAAUCAUGGUUUUGUUUUCAUUUGAUUUUUCGUAUGCAAGUUAGGGAAGUUUGAUGUGAUAUUUUAUAGAACGGCUUUGCAGAGAUGUACUAUAUGUAUGCCAAAUAUGUGAAAUAAACUUUACUAAAUGAAUUUACCAGCCAUGCAUAUGUGUAACAAUAGAUUCUCUUACUGUCAGAAUGCACUCAAGCUAAAUAGCACAUUGUGGGAAACAUUUAUAACUGUAGACGCUGAUGAAAGUCAACUUCCCCUUGAGUUUUAUUGACCAUUUUAGGCACUUCCUCUUUUCUGUUUUUAUGUAGGAUGUAUUGAUUUUUCCCCCCCCCAUUGUUUUUCUUUUAAACGUAUGUGUUUAGGGCUUUGCCUUUUUAUUUCCUUUACAUUCGGUUGUAUUGGUAGAUUUUUAGGACCAGCUUCAUACAGUUGAUUAAAAAAAGGCAAGAUUUCUUCCACAUUAUGAAAUAUUAUAUGAUGACCUACUAUGUUGAUUAAAAGUAACCUUUUUUUUCCCCAUCUCCCUUUUUAUCCGCUCUAUUUGAGCUCAUUGAAACAUCUAUUUCCAUUUAGGAAAAAAGAAAAAAAACCUGCUCCCUGUCAUCAUAGCCUCAGACUUUUUGUGUGUUUUGUUUUUCGAAAUGAAUAUCCAGGAACUGUAUUGUGUAUUUGUUGUGAACAUUAAUUAUGUAAGAGGCUCUAAAUUGAUGUAUAUCUAAGAAAAUUUGUGGUACUUUUUUAAUUCUUUAUUUUUAAAUAAACUGGGGACAUUCAA